AUGGAGGCGAAGAAGAAGUCGGCCCCCGCCGCUGCCGGAGCCGCGGCGCCGCCGCCGCCGGCUAACGGGUACUUCAGCACCGUCUUCUCCGCGUCGCCUGCGGGGAGCGCAAAUGACGCAAAGCAGUCGGACUUGUACACGAUGCUGAACAAGCAGAGCUCCAGAGGGCAGAAUGGCAGUAGCAUUACAGAUGGCAAAUCCCACGGCCGCCCUACUUACAAGGAUGCAAAACAUGCUUAUCCAAAUGACUCAUCAGAAUCCCCUUACUUUGGCUCAUCCGUGCAUUACGGUGGUCGGGAGUUCUACAGCAGCACUUUACAGAAGCAACCAGCCAAUGAACCCCAAACAAAUUACAAGGAGGACAACCCGGAUGGCUCUGCUACUAGAGGUGAUUGGUGGCAAGGUUCACUUUAUUACUGA